GAGAUACAGAUGACCCACCAAGAAUUACUCAAAACCCUGUUAUCAACGGGAAUGUAGCCAUGAGUGAUGGGCACAACAACACAGAGGAAGAUAUGGAGGAUGACACGAGUUGGCGCUCCGAGGCGACCUUUCAGUUCACUGUCGAGCGCUUCAGCAGACUGAGUGAGUCGGUCCUUAGCCCUCCGUGUUUUGUGCGAAAUCUGCCAUGGAAGAUUAUGGUGAUGCCACGCUUUUAUCCAGACAGACCACACCAAAAAAGCGUAGGAUUCUUUCUCCAGUGCAAUGCUGAAUCUGAUUCCACGUCGUGGUCUUGCCACGCGCAAGCUGUGCUGAAGAUAAUAAAUUACAGAGACGAUGAGAAGUCGUUCAGCCGCCGCAUUAGCCACUUGUUCUUUCACAAGGAGAACGAUUGGGGGUUUUCCAAUUUCAUGGCCUGGAGCGAAGUGACUGAUCCUGAGAAAGGAUUUAUAGAUGAUGACAAAGUUACUUUUGAAGUCUUUGUACAGGCGGAUGCUCCCCAUGGAGUUGCGUGGGAUUCAAAGAAGCACACGGGCUAUGUCGGUUUAAAGAAUCAGGGAGCGACUUGUUACAUGAACAGCCUGCUGCAGACUUUAUUUUUCACAAAUCAACUACGAAAGGCUGUGUACAUGAUGCCAACAGAGGGUGAUGAUUCAUCCAAAAGCGUCCCCUUAGCAUUACAAAGAGUGUUCUACGAAUUACAGCACAGCGAUAAGCCUGUAGGAACAAAAAAGCUAACGAAGUCCUUCGGGUAUGUAUCGGAAAUCUGCCUUUCCCUUCUUCCUUCUGUAAGGAAGACUAAUGAGCAUGUAGUAGGGGAAUCGAGAGCAGAGUCUCUGUGUAUCUCCUUCUGUCCCCAGGAAAUACCUUUGGACCAGGUGGACAUAGACAAGGAGAAUGAGAUGCUCGUCACCGUGGCGCACUUCCACAAAGAGGUGUUUGGGACGUUCGGGAUUCCAUUUUUGCUGAGGAUACACCAGGGCGAGCAUUUCAGAGAAGUCAUGAAACGGAUUCAGAGUCUGCUAGACAUCCAGGAAAAGGAGUUUGAGAAGUUUAAAUUUGCCAUUGUGAUGAUGGGCCGACACCAGUACAUAAACGAGGAUGAGUAUGAAGUGAACUUGAAAGACUUUGAGCCCCAGCCUGGUAACAUGUCUCAUCCUCGGCCUUGGCUAGGGCUCGACCACUUCAACAAAGCCCCAAAGAGGAGUCGCUACACUUACCUGGAAAAGGCCAUUAAAAUCCAUAACUGACUUCCUUACCCAGUGUGUGCAAGGCGAGGGGCCGUGCGUGGGUGUGUGCCCCUUUUUAACAGCCUAGAACUUUGGUACACGUGCACUCUAUCCGAAGUCUUCAGCAAGGGGAUUUGCUGCUGAUGUUAAUUUUAUUUUGUUGAGGCUGUUCAGUUUGGCUUCUCUGUAUCUAUUGACUGCCCUUUUUGAGCAAAAUGAAGGUGUUUUUAUAAAGCUUGGAUGCCAAUGAGAGUUAUUUUAUGGUAACCACAGUGCAAGGCGACGGCCAGCAUUGCGGGGGAGAAGAGGUGAGGGCCGUGAGGCUCUGGCGAGAGGCCUCUGGUCUGUUCCUAGCCGGCGGAGGCCGCCUGGCUGCCUUCCUAGGGUCGCGGUCACCAGCCCUGCGGCUGGUCUUGCGUGUAGGCUUGUCUGACGUAUUUUCCUCUCAGUUCUACUUGCCAUGACCUUUUGUGCAUCUGUAAAGGCAAAACAGAGAAACUCACAACCUAAUAAAUAGUGCUCUUUCCUUCACUGCGUGUACUGUCCCCCUUCCUCGGUCCUCCUCCCGCUGCCUGGGUCUCAGUAAACGUGUCUCACCCUGCCAGUCACCACCGUUCCGCAGCCUGCUCGCAACGUGGAGGCACUGAAUACAAAUACGGGCCUGCCAGGCGGUUCGGGGUCUUUUUAUUCAAUUGAAAACACUGUCCAAUGCAGUUAAGGUGUAUCUGCUGCCUCUCGGCAGACCUAACGAUCUCACCCACUCAUACAGGCAGGUGAAGCAGUUACCAGUAGAAUUUCUUCGAAACAGAACAGACGGAAGGAGAAAAGGAGAGCCUUUUAGCAAAGAGGGCAUGCUCACUAGUGGUCAGUAAGCUGUUGACUUUGUAAAAAAGGUUAAAAAAAAAAAAAAAAAGAAAUGAAAUUGUAUAUUUAAUGAAUGAACAUGUAAAAUUCGCCACUGGGAGGAGGUGACUUUGUUGGGUGCAUCUAAGUGACUCUCACUGAUGUUGAUAUUCAUUGUGUGUAGUUUUAUUUCAGUCCCAGCCUUGUUUCCUUUUAUUUUGGAGCUAAUGCCGGCUGCGUGUCUAGUUUUGAGUGCAGUAAAAUAGAAUCAGCAGAUCACACUUAUUUUUCAUCCUUUUCCAGGAUUUUUGUUUGUUUCUGUAGCAGCAAUGUACACCAACUCUUCCUGUAUAUUGCCUUUUUGCUGGAAAAUGUUGUAUGUUGAAUAAAAUUUUCUAUAAAAACUAUAAA